CCUUCCGAAACUGCAGUGCUACAAAUUAAUGCGCCAUACAUCGUUGUAAAGUUUGCAACGGUAACGUUUAGCCUCGUGACCCUUCUCAUAUUCUCUAACGUAUUCUUGAGGUAUUUUUUAUCCACCGUUUACACGUGACACCACUCGCCAGCAACCUUCGUAUUUAGCGCAACAACUGCUCCAGAUUUCUCAGAUAUGAAGGAAAAUAAUACAAAUGCGAAUUACACGCAAGCCGUUCUGCAGUUAUGGAAUAUAACUCUGGGCCUUUUAACUUGGGACAACAAAACAUUCAACGAUAUACCAAAGCCCGAAAACUAUUUAGAAACGGAUUCCAAUAAAGAACCACCACCGCCUCGUGGCUACUCUUAUUGGACACCAAUAGUGUUGAUCGUAACUGUUUUUUUGAUUCCUGUUAGUAUUUGGGUAUACUGUUGCAUUAAAGAAAGAAACAAAGGAAACAGGCGGGAUGACUUGGUAUUGGCUGCAGAACAAGCUGAAACUGGCAUCGCACCUUUGCUUUCUGACUGUAAAGAUGAAAGGACUGUCGCUGUUUCAGAAGCCCACUCUUUCAACCGCCAAACUGACUACUCUAAAAAGUCCGAAAGCAAAAGCAGCGACAUCUCAUCCAACAAAUCUGAAAACCAAUCCGACUUUGAGACCGACGACGAAGUCAUUCUAAACCCAAUGGGCAGCACUUGUCAGUAUAAUUACAAUGAUUCGGAUUAUUUUGCAAGAGGAGCAUUCGGGAUUUUAUAUAAGGCUAUCGUCACUGAUAGCGGAGAUUUUGCCGGGAAAGAGGUCGUUGUGAAGGUAACGCAUCUGGACACCAGUUCAGAGAUGUUUGCUAAAGGAAAAAUCUGGCGGGCUUGGUAUCGACGGAUGGCGCUUGUCCUUCAGAUACGACAUGAACAUCUGUUGACGUAUCAUCAAAUCAGCAUUGUCGAGUCGCAGAAUAAAAAAGUUAUUUUGCGGCUUUUGAUGGAUUUCUGUUCAGGCGGUGAUCUGGCUAUGCUAUUGCAACGGAUGCAUGAGAAAAACCUGAAAAUGGAGCACCAAACAGCUAUCCGUUACACCAUCGAACUGGCCGACGGCAUCCAGUUUCUCCACCAUAAAAAGAUUAUCCAUUCCGAUUUAAAACCAAAAAAUAUUUUGAUCAAACAACUUAGUGAUAAUCAGGAGCGGCUGUUGAUUGGAGACCUAGACGACUGCAUUAAACUGCAGGGAGUUUCAACAGGCAAUAAGGAUGUUAGCCGGCUGCGCGGAACCCAGCGGUAUAUGUCGCCAGAGAUGUUGAGCGAAUUCGCAGCGAUAAACGGACAAUUUCCUGGACGGAAGACGGACAUUUGGAGUUUGGGAUGCAUCAUUCUGGAGCUGGCCAACUCCGUUAUUGGCAAUCAGAGGCAAUGGCUGUAUAACGCAUCCACUGGUGAGAAAGUGCCAGCGGGAAGCAAAAUAGGUGAUGAAAAGUUUAUCGUGCUCGUAAUAAACGGCUUCACACCAUUCAUUGCCAAAGAAAUUCCAGACGAUUUGCAACUGUGUACUAAGCCAUGCUUAAGUCGAAAUCCGAAACUCAGGAUAUCGGCGAGCAGUUUAAUAGAAACGCUGUGCAGCAUUGAAAGCAAAGAUCCAGCUUACCGGGUUCGUGCUGCACAGAAUGGUUUUAUCCAACUCCUGCAGAACUGCCAACUUUCGACCCAACUCAGUUCGGCCAAAGACCAGCAAGGCAUGAUUGCCUGCCUUGCUAACUAUGUAUUUGAUGAAAAUUUUAUGGAUAAGGAGCGGGCAUCUAAAGAUAUAUAUGGACGCGGUCAUCUUGUUUCUGUUCGGAUAGAUAAAACUGGGGAACUGAUCGAGCCCAAACCAUUUUAUAUGGAUAAUCAAGUUACUUUAGCAGCUUUCUUUGACGAAGCCGACACCCAAAUCCACUCAAAAAAUGCAGCCUGGCAUGCUCGCAUUCUGUUACAAAGAAUUCCCUUAAAAUCCCUUGUGGAGUCGGUGCAAUUAGCAUUCACCGAUCCAAAGGACUUUCACACCAUCGGCAUUCCGCCGGACUGUGGCGACAGUGUAGACCAGAUCAACACCAAGCUUUUCGAGGUGUCCGGUCGGACGUGCUAUAGCGGUUGCUCCAACCUGAAACUCGCUCGGAAAGCGUACUGUUAUGUUAAAAUGUGGGUCCCUAAAAAAUUGUUAAUAAGAAAACAAUUAAACCAGAUGCGUGGGAUUUGUAAUCAUCGUCUUGCAAUGGGUGAAAAAACUACACGAGAAGACAACUAUCCGCAGGAGGAGGACCUUGUGGAACACAUGGUAUUUCGGAAAUCCUCCGAACAGCAAAUUGUCUUGCGCUGUCCGCAGAGGGAUGUCUUAGUUAAUCGACAAUUCUUGGUUCGUAUUUCUACAAAAUGCGAUUUCAUCUUUCAUGCAUGCUCCGACGUUUAUGAAAUGAAAUUUAGUAGCGAUGCGGUGUUAUUUGUGCUCGAUGCUGUGCAAGGUGAUCACCUAUGUUUGCACGAUGUGGAGCAAGUGCCGUCAUUUUUCUUAUACGAAGUAAUGGCCUUAUCGACUAUUUGGGAUUGUAAAGAGUUAAAACUGGUGUCGCAGUUGGCAUUUUUGGAAAUGUUGUGCAGUCCCAAAUGCGAUCCUGACAGCAUUCCCUUGGAAGAUGCUUUGGAAUGCAUCUGGGAUAACUUUGACAUCAAUGAACCGUACCUCGGCGGUAAAAUUGUUAUCGCCGGAUUGCUUGUCAUAUUAUCGAAUAUAAAGACCCACCUGCAGCUUGAACUAGUGAUCGACAAAUUAUCGCAGCACCUAAUUAUUCAAGAAAUUAUCGACAUAACGCCAACCAAGCGCUGUAUAGAGGUUGUCGUUAAGGGACUGGAUGGGAAAUUAUUCGUCGUUAAGACGCAUCCAUCUCACCGGGUGGCUUUUGUCAAAGCUCUGGUGGAAGAUAUGGCAAAGACGCCGCUUGAUCAACAGCGACUGAAAUUUGCCAGUAAGGUUCUAGAGGAUUAUAACACUCUGGCGGACUACAGGAUUUCCCAUAUGAGCACUUUGAAUCUGAUUGCUGAUCCCGUUGUUAACACUUCGUUGACUAGCAGUUUUGAGCAACGCGGCUGACUUUCUUGGUGGAAGUCACCAGAAGCAUCCUAUUGGUCAUUAAGAUCUUCUAACCAGUCAAUCUUUCUGUUUUACUUUUGAUGAGAUGUUCUGCUUAUCUGCUAAUUGAUCGCAUGGCUCCGCAGCUAUUGUCUUUGCUUAGUCUACGCUGACCCGGAUUCAACCUUUUAUUGCCCUAGCGGUAUGCGCGCGCAUCUGAUUGUUAGCUGCUCUGGUCGUUUUCCAUGUAUGCCUAUCAGUCGAACAGCGGCAUCAUUGGGCAGUCUUCCCAAACUUCCCAAUGCGCCCGAUUUUUUUGUAAGCCAUCGGCAACACAUACAUCGCUCAAAAUUUUACAGUAGCGUGCUAACAGUGUUCAGUACACGGCCUGAAUUUUUCGACAUCUUUCAUUUGCGCAAUCGAGCGCUGUAACAGCUUGAAUGUGAGUGUCCCAAAAAGAUGGUGACUUCCACCAUUCCAGUUCUGGACUUCCGGCUGCCCUGGGUGUGUUGUAAAGAGUACCAUUGGAAACUAGACGUUUUUUCACUCACACAGCCCAAAAUUUGCUGUAAAAUUAUUUUUUUGAAAUUAGUUAGUGAAUAGUGAUUUAAUAAGGCCGAUUGUGGUGUGAGUAACCAUGCUAGUCAACGAAGUGCUUACACUAGUGAGCAGGACAGUGACUGAUUCUGCCUGCCAGUUUCUUUGAGUUCGCACACUCGCUUUAUAAAGCAUAUUUAGAAACACUGUCUUUGCUGAUUUUCCAAAUUGUGGUCACAUUCCACAAGAUUUGCAAAAGGAAACGGAGCGCCAUCUGGCGCGAUUUCUUGACGUGCCCGUACGCGGAUAUUCAAAGCUGCAUACCUCCACUCGUGCUGUCGCCACCGGUUGGAAAUGGGAGCUAAAUUCGGACGGAAGCUUAAAUUAGUGCUGGUUUAUUUAGUAAAAGUACUUUGUAGUUAAACCAUAAAGUUAAAGUUAAACCAUACUUUGUAGGUUGUUUUGUCUCUUAGUAAUCCAGCAAACAGUAAGUAAACCG